AUGAUUCUAGAAUCCUUGCAUUCGAGACUAGACUCCUUAGUGAGUAGCUUACGAAGGUUUAUGGAAAACUUCUAUGCGCACUACAAUGUAAAAACGUUAGCUGUCUUCCUGCUAGUGGCCGUCAGUUCAAUUUGUUUGGUCGGCUUGAAGAGGUUCGCGAUAGUUGAGGCCAUUUUUUACUUUUUGGCUUGGCUGAGGAUAAGAUUCGGCAGGAGGAACAACCUCGCUGUGCAUAUUUUCGCAGUGCUUCUCUACGUCUACGCUAUUUAUGCGGUUUAUCUAUAUUGGGGCCAUCCUCUGUAUGCUUGCCUGUACAAAUUGUAUGAUGCUGGUUUCAGUGCGUUUUUGUGUUAUAUGGCGGGUCCUAAGCAAGCUUUAGCCAGUUACAGAGCUUGUGAAUAA